AUGAAGCUCUUUCAAUGCGUUCUCUCAGCUGGGACUUUGCUGGCGAUUAUCCCCCAUGUACUUUCCUUUGAAGCAGGACACGCCGAGGAUCUCGUCGCCCGCGAUGUCGAUCUCUUCGACGAAAUCCUCGCUGCUCGGGAGAGCGACUUCUUCGACGCCCGAGACAACGAGAUCUACGAGGCCCGCACCUCACCGCUGGACGACGACCUCGAAAUCAGAGACAUCCUUGACCAGCUCGACUCGCGUGAUCUCGCUGCUCUUGAGCUUCGAGAGAUUUUGGAAGAUCUCGAAGUGCGAGAUCCAUUGAUUAUUGGGGUUUUCAAGGCGCUCGUUUCGAAGAUCAAGGAUGGUAUCGCGAAAAGGAAAGCGAAGAGGGCUGCGAAGAAGGCUGCGCAGGCCGCUGCUGCUGCCAGAGGUCAAAAGCGAAGUUUUGAGGAUGGAUGGGGUUUGGAACAGCGAGGGUAUGAAUGGGAUGAUUGGUAUUAG